CCCCAUGUCUGAGGCAGACGAAGGUACGCUAGACGUAAUCGACUCGCCGUCGGCAACGCCAAGCAGCGGAACACAGCUGAACGUCGACAUUCAGAAAUACGCCUCUAGCACGCGUUUUAUCAAAUCCAUUCUCAACCUAACGGCGUUCUCUCAAAACCUCGCCCUUCUCGCGUCGUUACUGAAAGAGGAUGAGAGCCGGUUGUUUCACAUUCCGCUCCUAAUUCUUCUGUCUAUUGCGCUUGCGCUGCAAGUCAUUGUGGCUCUCUUCAUGGUCAGUUAUGCGACCUAUCCGGCACAUGACAUGUCGCCGCAGGCGCAUAAGGAGUUGAGGAAGUUUAAUAGGAUACUGAUGAUGUUCUCGACCGUGUCGUUGAUGUUGAAUAUUUCAGUCAAUGUUGUCUUCUCUGCUCGAAGUCCAAAGUCGAAGUCGUAGAGAGACACUGACACUACAACGAUUAAUGUACAGAGAAGACAAUAGUACUAGCUAUUGGUAUACGUGUAUAUUGGUGUUACUUUUUUGCUACUGUUGCAACUGUUGCAACAUCUUACUUGUUGCAAUUGCGAUUAUAGUUCUAGUGUUUCUAUCAGUGACGUAAAUUAGGGACUUGGAUGAGCGUGACCAUACGAUGAGUGUAGCCCUCUAGCUAGGAAUGAUGUAAAGACUUAUAAAUGUAAUGGCUGUCCUCUUCAA